GAGAACCAUGGCAACAUCAGAUGACUGCCCCAGAAGUGAAUUGCAGGAGGGAGAGGGUCUCAUGGAAUGUGGUGGCCAGGAGCAUCUCCAGGAGAGUGCGCACCCGGAAGAGUUUGUGGCCAUUGCAGACUAUUCUGCCACUGACCAGACGCAGCUCAGCUUUUUGAGAGGGGAAAAAAUUCUCGUCCUGAGACAGACAACUGCUGAUUGGUGGUGGGGCGAGCGCGCAGGCUGCUGUGGGUACAUACCUGCAAACCACCUUGGGAAGCAUUUGGAGGAGUGUGAUCCUGAAGACACGUGGCAGGAUGAAGAGUACUUCGGCAGCUAUGGAACCCUGAAACUUCACUUGGAAAUGUUGGCAGACCAGCCACGAACAACUAAAUACCACAAUGUUAUCCUGCAGAAUAAAGAAUCCCUGAAAGAUAAAGUGAUUCUGGAUGUCGGCUGUGGGACUGGGAUCAUCAGCCUCUUCUGUGCACAUCAUGCGCAGCCCAAAGCAGUGUAUGCAGUGGAGGCCAGUGAGAUGGCCCAGCACACAGGGCAACUGGUCAUGCAGAAUGGCUUCGCCGACAUCAUCACUGUGUUCCAGCAGAAGGUGGAGGAUGUGGUGUUGCCAGAGAAGGUGGAUGUGCUGGUAUCCGAGUGGAUGGGGACCUGCCUGCUGUUUGAGUUCAUGAUUGAGUCGAUCCUGUACGCCCGGGACGUGUGGCUGAAGGAGGACGGGGUCAUCUGGCCGACCACGGCCGCGCUGCACCUGGUGCCCUGCAGCGCCGACAGAGACUACCGCAGCAAGGUCCUCUUCUGGGACAACGCCUACGAGUUCAACCUCAGUGCUCUCAAAUCUUUAGCAAUUAAGGAGUUUUUUUCGAAGCCCAAGUAUAACCACAUUUUGAAACCAGAAGACUGUCUCUCUGAACCAUGUACAAUAUUACAGUUGGACAUGAGAACUGUGCAGAUUGCGGACCUAGAGACAAUGAAAGGCGAGCUGCACUUUGAGAUCAGGAAAGCUGGCACGCUGCAUGGAUUUACAGCCUGGUUCAGUGUUCGGUUUCAGAGCCUGGAGGAGGACGAGCCACAGCUGGUGCUGAGCACAGGCCCGUUCCACCCCACCACCCACUGGAAGCAGGUGCUGUUUAUGAUGGAUGAGCCUGUUUCUGUCCUCAUGGGAGAUGUGGUCACUGGCUCAGUUGUGUUGCAGAGAAACCCCGUGUGGAGGAGGCACAUGUCCGUGGCACUGAGCUGGUCCGUCACUUCCACACAGGACCCCACAUCACAGAAAGUUGGAGAAAAAGUCUUUCCCAUCUGGAGAUGACAGUUGAAGUUCUGUGGGAAGCAGCGUGCAGAUAGUGCAGGAAUGAGCCUGAGUGAAUGAAGAUGUCCUUGGAUGUGAGCACAUGUUCUUGCGAAAGCUGUGAGCUCUCUCGGCCUGACAGGGGUACCCCCGGAGCUGUGGGCUCAGUCUGUCCGUGGGGUCCUUCACAGACGGCUGUGCUUGGGCUCGGCGGGAACUCCCUCACCACUGUCACUGCCCAUGUCUGUCCUCUAGAAGUAGGCUGUGUUUCCAGGUGUCCACAGUGCUGGCUUGUGGGUAAGUUGGUGGCACCGUGUCCCUAAGCUAGGUCUAGUUCACAACUCGUAGGACACACACACACAUCAACCUUGUACGCCUGUGAAAGUGUUCACGCAUCAUGUGUUCAUGGUGUCUUUGCUGCCCUGGUUCCUCCCUAACCAUGCGGAAUGUGGGACUGCACAAAGCCGUGCAGGACCUGCCGGUGGCCAUGCAUGUGACGGGACUCUGCAUGGAUAGUACAGUUGUAGAGAUGUCUUCCAAAUAAAUUAUGUGUUGGCACAUAGCACGUGCUCAAUAAAUAUUUUUAA